AUGGGAGGCUCCCAUGUGUGGCCACCGAACUCCUCGGCGCACUCGAUCCAGCAAACGUCAAGACCGUCGGAGCCCGCCGUGACGGCGAGGCCUCGAGGCGCCCAGGUUGGCAGCCUCGAGAGUCCUUCCGGCCUCGGCGACCCCGCGCCGCCGCCGCCGCCGCCCUCGUCGCCGCGAUCGCCGCGCGCAGGUGAGGACUACUUCGUCACCUCGAAGAUCCCGGGCGGCCUGAACGCCACGGCCACCGUGGCGUCGCUGGAGCUGAGCCUGCGGCAGCUGGGCCUGGACUACGUGGACCUCAUGCUGAUCCACUUCCCGGCCACCAUGGACGCCCAGAUGGCCGGCGGACGAGCGCGCCGGCAGGAGGAGUGGAAGGCGCUGCAGGAGUGGGCGAAGCAGGGGAAGGCCCGCUCGGUGGGGGUUUCCCACUACUGCAGGCGGCAGUUCCAGGACGUGCUGGACGUCGCCACGGUGCCCGUCGCCGUGAACCAGGUGCAGUACCACGUGGGCAUGGGGUCGGCGGGCCGCAACGCCACCGACGACUUUGAUUUCUUUCAGUCCAUCGGCACCGUCUUCGAGUCCUUCUCGCCCCUUUGCGGC